AUGAAUACACCAAUAAAAGCCAAUCUCAAACUUAGCCUAGAUGAAAAAGAGAAGUUAGCUGAUCCUACACUGUACAGAAAGAUUAUUGGGAAACUUCAGUACCUAACAAUCACUAGACCAUACAUUUCCUACUCAGUGAACAAACUGAGUCAGUUUUUAUCCACACCUCGAGUCACACAUAUGCAUGCAGCUCAAAGAGUUCUACAAUAUGUUAAAAGCUGUCCUGGACAAGGAAUCGUCUUUGUUGCCAACACAAAAGUCAAAUUACAUGCCUACACUGACUCAGAUUGGGCAGCAUGCCCAGAUACAAGGAGAUCAACUACUAGUUUCUGUAUCUUUAUUGGAUCAUCUAUCAUCUCAUAG